AUGUCAGAGGUCGGGGCGCCCUUCGAUACGCCGCGAAAGUCGGUGAGGGCGAGGUAUCCUGGCUGGGAGGGCGUCAACCGACACUUGCUGCCACGGGCCGGACCUCCGAGGCAGAAGCCAGGGCCUGAGCCAGAACAGACAGGAGGACCGGCGCCAAAUGGCGCAAAGGCAACAGGCGGAGGUGACGAUGUUGGCAAGAAGAAGCGUGAGAGCACGGCGACCUCGUCCCGCGCCACAAGUGCAUCGCGGGCGAAAGAGAGGUCCGACGCAAAGGAGACCACGCCGAAGACGACUGACAAGCUGUCGAAGGCUAAAAGGCCCAACGCCCACCACUGCCAGAUUCUCUUGUGCUGUUUGAUAUCAGCUCUGGCAGGGCCAGCCGACAAAGAGAACGAUCAGCCCACCUCGCGCAAGCGACGCCAGGCCGCAGCAGCCACGGAGACGCAGGAG